AAGACCAAGUCGCUGCACCAGUCCGUCGGGCUCCUGAGCAUCGCAGCUGGCUCUCUCUUGCUGGCUGCCCAUUUCUACAGCGCCACAAGGCUGACUCCACUGCUCCCCAGCAUGGCCCUGGGCAUCCUCCUGCUCCUCUUAUCCGCUCUCCUGGCAUAUGCAGGAGUGCGGAAGAGCCUCCAAAAUGCCUCCUUGUUUGUGUCACUUUGCUUGACCAUCUCAGUGCUCUGGUGUGGCUACGGAGUGAUCCAGAUCAUGGCCGGACAAGGGUUCCUCCAUGAUGCUGCUGACCUGCGUAAUGCAGCGGUGCCGGGACUCGCAGCCUUCUGCCUGGGGCUGCUCCUCAUCGGCCUGGUGGGCUUCCUCCAGAGAGAGGCCCCUCUGGCCCUGGUGGCUUCUGCCAUUUCCCUUGCCUGUGCCCACAGCAUCGCUGCCUGUUACGAUGCUGCCUUUGGCUCUUCUGCAGCGGCCUGCAACUACCUGGUGGUCUGCUUCAUAGGGGGCUAUGUGGGGCUGGGAAGGGCUCUCUUUUUUCUCAGCAAAGAGGCCAUCACCUUGCCUGGCACAGACCUGGCCAAGGGAAAAGCCAAGCCCAUGCACAGCCCAUCCCGCCGUCCGGGCACACACGACCUGACUGUGGUGGGGCUGAUCCUGAACAUGCUCUCAGCCAGCGUCUUGGGCUGCCGGCUCCUGGGGGUGACUGGCGAUCUCUUUGUGGGGCAGGUCCCCUGGCUCUGGGCAGGAGGGCUCUACCAGCUGGGCAUCUCCAUCUUCUCCUACCGCCUCCUGGAUGCUCUGACUGCCACAGCCUUUGGCUUCACCUCCAUCCUGAAGCUGGGAGGGGGCUAUUCCCUCCUGGCCUUGCUCUGGGUACCCGGAGAGCCACUUUCUCCUCUUCCCUUCUUGGUGGUUUUUGCUCUCCUCUUUGCCAUCCUGGCAUUUUUCACGGCAAUCGACAGCCUGGCUGAUGGCCUCUAUUUACUCUUCUACGUAGCCUUUUGCAUUGCGCUGGCCUGCUCCCCGCGUGGCUUUUUCGGAGGUGGCCCCCAAGGGGUAGCAGUAGCCAUUUUCGUGGCCUCUGCUCUCCUGGCCCUCUUUCACCUUUAUGACCGGAAUGUGAGUAUUAAAUAUCUGAAGGGGCAGAGAGGGCUGAGGCCCAUCCUGUUGCACCUCAGAGUCUGCAAGCUCUGGGAGGGGAAAGACCUCCACGCUCCCCUCCUGGGCUACUCCAAGUAUGCUGAUGCCCAGGUGCUGGGCUUCGCGUGCAGUGCGCUUGCUGCUUUUGCCAUCACUGCAGCCGUUGAGCCACAGUCCUCCUUUGAUGCAACCGUCCUCCCGUGGGUGGUGGUAGCUGGUGGGCUCUUGAAGCUCCUGUGUGGCUCUGUGGCCUUCUCCCGAGGCAAGACCCUGGAGAGCAGCGCCUUCAUCCUCUAUGGGUUCAUGUGGAUCAUCUGGGGCUUGGCCAGAUAUGGGGGGCUGGACGGCACUCCCCGAGGGUUCCAUGUGGCUGUGGGCAUCAUCUCCCUCCUGCUCUUCAACGCCUUCGUUGUCCUUGGCACCCUCUUCCUGAGCAUCUCCUGGUUCGUCUACUCCCUCACCUUUGUGCUCAUACUCACCAGUUUCCUGCUGGACGCGGUGGGGGCCAUCCCAGCCGGCUACGACAUUGCCGCCGCCGCCAUCUUUGGCCUGGUCAGCUUCUACUGCUUCCUCUCCAGCCUGGUCAACAGCACUUUCCAAAGGCCCCAGCUGCCUAUGGGACGCCCCAUCGUGAGGCUCGGUGGCUUUGGGGGAGGAAGCACUCCAUGCCUCCACCUGCCGGCCAGGAAGGCCUCCUCAGUCAAGCAAGUGGCAGAGAUCAUGAAGAACGGAGGGGUGUGUGGGAUCCCCACCGACACGGUGUAUGUGCUUGCAGCAGCCUGCAAUCGGCCCAGUGCUGUGGAGAAGGCUUACAACACAAAGCGCCAUGCUCAGGACCGGCCCAUGUCGCUCUGGAUUUCAAGUCUGAAGCAGCUGGAACCAGCCAAGCACCUGCUCAGCCCCAUCCUCUGGGACUUCAUGGCUGCUGCCUGGCCAUCGCCCAUCAGCUUGGUGGUCCCGCGGGGGGAAUGGGUGGACUGCCUGGGCUUGAAGGCCUCGGCCAGAUACGUGGGCACUGCUCAGAGUAUUGCUGUCCGCAUCCCGGAUUGUUCAGUCACCACCCAUCUCAUUGACCUGGUUGGCCCAAUUACUGUCACAUCUGCCAAUCCGACGGGAGAAGCAGACACAACCCACCACAACCAGGUGUAUGCCAAGCUAGGAGACAAGGUGGACGCAGUCCUUUGUGAUGGCCCUUCUCCAGAGAACAUUGCCUCCACCGUGGUGGACUGCACCAAGCUUGAGAACGGAGACGUGGGGUUCUUCAGAGUUGGACUCAUCCCCAAAUCCCAGGUGCUCCAGAUCCUGGAGCAGGUCCAGAGAAGACACCAGCCGGGCCAUGGCAACAGCACCAUGGCUGUGGAGAGCCAGGAUGGGCCCCAGAAUCUGUCCCGAGCGGUCCCCAAUGGCACUCAUGCUGGCCACGCCCAACGGAACUUGCUGACAUCCUAUAGGAACGAAGCAUUCCAUGCUGAAGAAGCAACGGCAUCUCCAUGAGCAAAACCAGCCCAGAGGGAAGACGGGGGGGGGGGUUGCUCCCACCCCGGAGAGAGCGGGCUUCACUGUGGUUGACCUCUGAACACUACCUGCUCGAGAACCCUGGAUGUUGCAUUCUCCCCUGUACCUGAGCAAGGCUUUGCUAUAUUUAUUUAUUUGUUUGUUUGUUUGUCCGGUUUCUAUAGCAUUGGAAUGCACCAGGAGGUUAUGCACACACACAUGGCUUUAUGGCUCGGGGGACCUGAAGAGCGAAUCUGCUUCGCAGCAGAUUUGCAAGAUGUUUUUACUUCAGGGGAUUAAAUUGGCCGUUCACAUAGCUGUCGGCUCCUCCCCACACUCCCUGGCAGAUCUCUUCCUUGUGCGUUCGCACCUCCCUGGUCCAGGUUUUCCCUCCAACCAGUCAGAAAUCAUACCACAGAGGAAGAGGCGAGAGAGCUUUUUAAGAAUAGUUUGACAGCUAAGAGUGCCGGACCAGCAGAACGAGUUGCCAAACAGCUGGAUCAAACAGCAGGAUGCUUCACCCUUGCCUUUGUGAGUGACUGCCUUCAUUCACCCCCACUCCCCGCCACAUGUACACCUAAUCGAAUCAGCUUAGACAACAAAGAGUUCAGGUUGCAUCCAUUCUGCAUAUCUAAAGCCUAUGUAAAACAUAGCAAGGGACACAUUUUGCAGCCUGUGCUUGUGUUUAACUCAGGAAUUUCUCCCUCCCCCUCCCUCAACAGAGUAUCAGCCAAUCGGCAACAACAAACGCCCCCCCUCCCCUGCAGUGCUUACAAUUGCAAAUUACUUAGAGCAGACCAUACCCCAAACUGCUGUCAAACUCCCCUUCAUUGAGUUUUGGAAAAUGCCAAUUUACAGAGAAAACUGUGGGGCAAAACAGAAGCCCUGGGUCCCUCCCACAAGCCGCUGAAACAAAACAAGAGGGUUUUUGUUGUUGUUGUUGUUUUAAACUGGACAUACUUUAGGCUAAGCCAGAAUUUGCAGCUUCCAUUUGGGGGGAAAAACAAAGUCCUGUCUGUCCUGGUCUCUGAUCGCCUGCAGGGUCAAUCCAGCUAAUAUGUGGACUGGCACACUCCAAUCAGGAAUGGAUUUGAAAUAGAAGCACCGUCUGAAAAGCCUCCAGCUAUUAUGCACAAACAGAAGAUGGGGAAUAGGCAUCACCCGUCCAGCAUCCUCCAUAUGUCUGUAAGACCAUCUCUGUCUUCAUGCAGAAUUCUCCUGGGGAGGCAAGGAUUCUCCAUGGCUCACGGGACAGCUGCUAUUCGGGAACUGGCACCUGCCCUUGUGGAGGGCAGGAGCCAGGCAUCUGUGGGCCAAGGCAGAAGCACAAGUUGGGAUUUGGCGAAGCUCCUUUCUGAUCAGAGGCCGACGGCCACCUUGCUAGGUGCCUUCCUUUGAGUCGCACUUUGUCAGCCUUGGUUCUCCUCUGUAAAUUGGCACCCGGAGGCCACUAUUCUUACCUCACAGGGCAAUUGUGGCACCGAAUGAACGGUCUGGAUUGUUCACAGGGCUACAUAAAUAGGAAUCAGUGCUGUGCACUUAUUUG